UAAGUGCUGUCCCUAGGCUACAGCCAAUCUCUUCACUUCGUCUACUUCUCUAGACGACACACAGUGCCUUAUACGCGCCACUUCAUCCUCCUUCAUCGAUCACAUUCUCACAAACUCUUCAUCCUCGCUUUCACGAUGAUGUCCGGCUACUCUGACAGUGUCGUCGCUGCGUCUACUGCUGAGGCCUCGGCCAAAGCUCAACCUCAUCUUCUGAGGGUUCUGAUCGUCGACGACAACGCGGUCAAUCUUGCGGUGUUGGGCAAGCUUCUUCGAAAGAACUUCUCUCACCUUCUCGAUAGCCCCCCCGUCGCCGUCGAUUCGGCGCUCAAGGCUCUGCAGCUUCUGCAAGACAAUGUCUACGACCUCAUCCUCAUGGACAUCCAGAUGCCCUUCCUCUCUGGCGUCGACUGCACACGCCGCAUCCGCCAGGGCAUCGACGGCGUCUUGGCUGCCAACAGGCAGACGACCAUCGUAGCUGUGACUACCGCUGUUGGCACCGAGCCCGAAGCUCUAUACCGUCGCUCAGGCUUCGAUGGCCUCAUUGGCAAGCCGGUCAAGUCUGAAGCAAUGACAGAGCUUCUUGAGCCAUUGCUGGCAGCGGCCCGCGAGGCUGCACCUAGUGUUGAGACUCUCACUAUCAAGGGACAGGCUGUCACACCGCCUCUCCCCGUAGUACCCAUCACAGGAGAGCGAUGCUUCUUCAUCCCUCAAUCAUCUGGCACCGACAGCGCUAACAGCACCGCGCCUUCCAUCACCGAGACGCGCAACUUCGAGGCGUUGCUCAAGGAACAGACCAGGAUCUCGCUCUUCCGCUAUGGGGCCUGUGCCAUCGCCCGUACGAACUCUGCCGCUGGCGUCUCGGACCGUCGUAGGAUUAGAGACUACGACAUCGAAUCCUCAUCCUCUUCGCCGUCGAUCGGCUCUUCCGACGACGAGAAGGUCAGACGUGGGGCGGAUGCAGAUGUUCAUGAAACGAUGGCAGAAGACACGGACUCGUCUCGCGUGCGAUCAUCAUCGAGCGGUCCCAGUCCAAAGUGGUCUCGCGCUGGCCGCGGCCAUUCCAUCACGAUCAGCCAAAGCGGUCUCAACGAGCAAAUUCAUCGUGAGAUGCAAGCUGCCGAUAUGCAUGUGCCCAGUCAACGCGUCCGUCAGCGACCCCAGCCAGCGAGACUCAGUGCACCUAUGCUCGUCUUCCAGCGACCAUCUCCGGACAAGGCACUGGCAGGAUUUGAUAUGACCACCGAGGAUGCCACUGAAGACGAAGAGGAGAGCUUCGCCGUUGAUGAACCUCUGAGUCCCUUCAGCCACUUUGGUAACAGCGGCAACGGCAACAUGACAUCGCAAUUGUUCGCAAGUCUUCAACAGAGAACUCAGCAGCAGCCGUCCCCUUCAAAGUCUCGCAGUAGCCCAUCGGCACCGUUUGGUAGUCGUUGGACAGGCAACGUCUACGGUGUCACCAGGCGCUCCAGCAGCAUGGGUGGCUCUGCGUCGUCAGGAGAUUCUUCUUCGCCAGGCUCUGGUGCAUCUUCAUCACGAUCUGGAUCCUUGGCGAUGGACUUUGACGGCGAGGGUACCACUCCUCUGACUACGCCCGACAAUGAGUCCGCUCACUUUGCUUUGGCACCCAUCGACGAGCACAAGGUUGGAUCCGCGCUCGAUUCACUGCCGAGUCCGCUCUCGUCGCCCCACGACGAGGGGAAGCUUGAGUACCCUAUGGUUGGCAGAGGCGGCAGUGCCACCUUGCCUCGCAAGACUAGUCCCUGGCGACCACCCUUGGAGCGACAGACUGCCACGCGCGAUGUCGUGACGGUCGCUAAGGUCCUUCACGACCAGUUCAAAGACUUCCGCCUCUAGUUCCAGCAUCCUCGCGUGGCGACGGACCCAUGUAGCCUUUGCGCACACUCAUCGAUCAUCAUCACUCUCCAUAUGCGGCGUCUCGCAAAGUCUUGCGUUGAUUAUCGUGUCUUCACAGCAUCAAGCUCUCCAAGGGUCUCUUUCCCCAUCUAGGCACUGAGGCUCUCUGUUUCUCUGCAGUCAUACCGUACUUGUCACCAGUCUCGCGCAUAUAUUUACCCUUUCUCGUUGCACCACUCUAUAUCGAAUAGCGGAGUCUUUCGUUCGUCUGCACCCGUCGUCGUCUCCAUGGGCUUCCCUUUGGAUCUUGGUCCCCCUCUUGUCAUACACGUCACACUUCUCC